GGAUGCUCCUGUUCCCUGUGACUCGACACGCUCCCAUGUGCCAAUUCUCAUCCUGAGCAGGCAGACCUCACGACAAGAUGACUGCCUCAGCAAUAGCAGCAGACACACCUCAAUCAUGAGGCAACCCACUGUGCCAUUGCCAGAGUCGCUGAGCCCAUGGCUUAUACCUCCGUCUUCCCAUACCUGCCCGCCAUGAUCAAGAGCUUCGGCAUCGAGCAGAACAAGGUUGCCAAAUGGGCUGGCCUCACUUCCGGCGUGUUUUCCAUCUCCCAGAGCAUCACGGCGGUUUUCUGGGGCAAGGCCUCCGACACGUAUGGCCGAAAACCUACCAUCAUCACUGGUCUGCUCACGACCAUGGUUUGCUUCGUCGCAUGGGGCAUGUCUACGAGCUUGCCCAUGGCCAUCACUGUGCGAGCUAUUCAGGGUGGUAGCAAUGGAAAUGUUGGAAUUAUCCGGACCAUGGUUGCUGAGAUGGUGCCAGAGAAGGAACUUCAACCGAGAGCCUUCUCCGUCAUGCCCCUGGUCUGGAGCAUCGGCUCCGUCAUUGGUCCCAUCUUUGGCGGCUUCUUUGCCGAGCCUGCGAAGCAGUACCCUGCCCUCUUUGGCAACAUUGAGUUCUUCAAGAGCUUCCCCUUUGUGCUCCCCAACAUGGUUUUGACCGUCUUCUUUCUCAUCUCCGUCACCUGCGCCAUACUGUUUCUCCAUGAAACCCUCCCAAGCAAACGAGGCAAGCAAGACUGGGGCCUGCUUGUUGGCCAGCGCCUCACUCGAUCCCUCAGACGCACUCCAGCGCCUGUGUCUUCCCGCCGACGCUCCUUCGUCGAUGGCGAGGCCACCGCUCCGCUUCUGCCGAACAAGGUGGUGCUGAAGAAACACUCCCAGGAACUCAAGCAAUUCAGCUUGAGGGAUGUUUUCACCUACCAGACCGUCAUCAACCUGCUCGUCUAUUCUUUCUUGGCCUUCCAUUCCGUUGCUUAUGACCAGACUCUCACUGUCUUCCUAAACUACCCUGUUGUGGAGAAAACACCCGAGAACUUCAAGCCUCCAUUCUAUUUUUCUGGUGGGUUUGGGCUUUCGUCUGGCGAGAUUGGUACCAUUUUCACGCUGUACGGAAUCGUCUGCGGUCUCAUCCAGUUUGUCGUCUAUCCCCCGCUUGUUACCCGUUACGGUGUCCUACAAUGCUUCAAAGUCUGCAGUCUCAUAACGCCCAUUGCCUACUUCCUGACUCCCUAUUGCGUGCUGUUUGAAACCUCGCAGGCUCGCUUAACCGCCCUACUCUUGGUCAUGUUCGUCAAGGGUGCUGCCAUCAUUGUCGGCUUCCCAUCCACCACCAUUCUUCUCACCAAUUCGUGCAGCUCGGUGCGCGUCCUCGGCACACUCAACGGGUUCGCAACCACCUUCAGCGGUAUCGGUCGAGCCUUAGGCCCCGCAACCGCUGGCGCAGCCUUCACAUGGGGCGCCGACCACGGGUAUACCGUCGCCUCCUGGUUCUACUUGACAGCAUUUGCUAUUAUGGGAGCCGUCCCGGUUUUCCUAAUCGUUGAGGGCGAUGGUCCGUCGGCGUCCGUGGAGAGCAGUGAUGCCGAGGAUAGUGAUUCCUCGGCCUCGACUUCGCUCUUGAUAGAUGGCUCUGCUGUUCUAGAUGACUCAGACUCCGAGUGUGAUGGGCUGCAACCGAAGGGCUACGGUACUAUGAAGGGCAGGAGAACCUGAUGAAUAAGGAUUUUAGAGGAAUAGACGCACUCGCUUACAUUUGAUGAUCACCGUUAAGCGACUCAUGGACUGGAGGCUGCUGGCUUUCAGUCAAUCAUGUUCUCACGAUUCGGGAUUGCAUGGAUACACGUAAUAGGCGUUUCAUAAUGGUGAUAUGCUGUUUAGGGUGGUAUAAUGGCUGAAGGGAGGAUAAAGAAAAGUGUUUUGGGUUUCUGGGCGACAUAAUCUCUUUGCGAUAUUCACAGGCUCAGUCAAUGAUGAGAAUAUAAAAUGUUUUUUUUCCUAAUGGGAAUGUAAACCCC